AUGCCGGGCUUCGACUUCUCCAACUUCAAUCGAAAUGCGGCCCUUCACGCCAGGGGAGUCCCUCUCCCCAAAGCUACCAGCACUGGUACGACAAUCGUCGGAUGCAUUUAUGAUAAUGGCGUUGUGAUCGCAGCAGAUACCCGAGCCACCAGUGGCCCUAUAGUAGCAGACAAGAACUGCGAGAAGCUCCACUACAUUGCUCCUAAGAUCUGGUGUGCCGGCGCCGGUACGGCCGCAGAUACCGAGUUCACCACUGCCCUCAUCAGCUCCAAUGUUGAACUUCACUCUCUAUCGACCGGCCGUGACCCACGAGUGAUCACCUGCAUGACCAUGCUGAAGCAGCACCUCUUCCGAUACCAGGGCCACAUUGGAGCAUACUUGGUAGUGGCCGGCGUGGAUCCUACCGGCGUUGGGCUGUACACUGUGCACGCGCACGGAUCAACAGAUAAACUGCCAUACGUGACGAUGGGAUCUGGAAGUCUGGCGGCCAUGAGUGUCUUCGAGUCGAUGUGGCAGCCGGACUUGGACAAGGAGGGCGCCAUUGCGCUGUGCUCGGAGGCGAUCAAGGCCGGUAUUUUCAACGAUCUCGGCUCUGGUAGCAACGUCGAUGUGUGCGUCAUCGAGAAUGACAAGCCUACCCAGCUUCUCCGCAACUACGAGAAGCCCAAUGAGCGUGGGGAGAAGGAGCGCAACUACCGCUUCCCUCGUGGCACCACCGCUUGGCUGAACCAGAAGGUUAUCAGCAAGGAGGAUAUGAAGAAAUAUGUGACCAUCGAGACCUUAUCAGGAGAUAUUAAUCUAGCUGCCGGGGAGACAAUGGAUGUUGAUGCUUAG